AUGGUACUCAUCUGGGUGAUACCCGGACUGACUCUGCCCACACCCCCUCCACCUAAAAGGAAGGCUAAUAACCCGGUUGUCAUCACACCAAUCAACAACGUAACCGGGACCAUCAUAGAAGCCACUGAUAGGAUAUCAAUCAAAUCUGCCGAAUGGACACUCAUCACAUUUUUUGAUCUCAGUCAGCUGGCCCGAGAGAUCAAGACGGAAGUGGCAGAAAUCCAAGAUGCUGAUCAGUUAAUGCAUCAUCAACGGCAAAAACGCGGAGCACUGAACAUCGUUGGAAAUAUCGCGAAUGGGCUGUUCGGAGUACUCGAUGAUCAGUACGCCAAACGGAUGGAAGAAAUUAUUGGUAAACUAAGAACCCAAGAAAGCAUCACGCAUAAAAUAGUAGAGAACCAGACGUCAGUUCUGGAUACCACCAUCAACAUUAUGCGGAGUACGACGAUCGAAACGCAGAAGAGGAUGCAGGACCUAGAAGCCAUCCUGGCCAGAAUCAAGGUGAGAAGCCAUGCGGCUGAUCGGUAUCUGCCACAUGCAGUUUCAGAGUUCGUCGUCGUGGCAAGUCACAUUCGUCGAGUUCAGGAUGCUGUCCCUGCAUUGGUGUCGGUAGAACAAGUGAAUCAGGUGAUCACAAAAAUACAAACACACCUUCCACCGGGAAGACGAUUACCCAUCACAAUCGAAGAAGACGAAUUCACAGUAUAUCGGAUGGAGUCAAUUCCACAAAUAACGAGAGAAGGCCUGGUGAUAACCAAGACGGAAACAAAAUAUCUAGCAGUCGAUGAUCAUCGGAAACUUUGCGAUCAAUCAAGAACACCUCAGUCAGUGUAUCAGCGGGACGAACGGAAAUAA